CGAAAGUACCCACUAAAAUCGCAAACGCCUUUUCUUCGGUCGUUCCAAUAUAAAUUCUCAAUUAAAAAUAAAAAAAAAGAACACACGCAGCCAGAGAGCUAUAAUGAAUUUAAGCCCCAAACCAAAUCAGCAGAGUCCACAUGUAGAGCAUCAAAACCGCACCACAGACUGCGAUCAGGGUCUCAAGCUGACAAACGGUCAUGUCAUGACAGACCCAAGAAGCAGUCGGUGCCAUGAUACGCUCUUCACCGGAUCGCUCAACUCGUUGGCCAGGAGGGAAGACGGGGACGGGGACGAAGAUGAAGCAACGGGUUCGGGCACAGGACUCGUGGGUCUGCAAAAUCUGGCCAACACAUGCUACAUGAACUCCGCGCUGCAAGCACUGAGCAACCUGCCGCCGAUGACGCACUACUUUAUCAACUGCAGCGAUCUCGUGGAGUACAUUUCGGAGCAGAGCGCCCGUCGCUGCAAGCCCGCCGGUCUGGCCAAGAGCUAUCGCCGCCUUAUGCAGGACAUUUGGCAGGAUGUCGAUGAUCCCAAAGAGUUUAUUGCCCCGCGCGGCAUUUUGUACGGCAUUCGCUCGGUGCAUCCCAUGUUUCGAGGUUACCAGCAGCACGACACCCAGGAAUUCCUGCGUUGCUUCAUGGACCAGCUACACGAGGAGCUCACUGAGCAGGUUUCCCUGCAGCCACAGAUUCAAAACCAAGCGCACCCGCAAUCCCAACCACACCAGCAGCAACCACCCAGCGAAACGGACGACGACAACGAGGAUGAGGUCGCGCCUGCGUCCUUGACGCCUGCUGCCUCCGAGAGUGAAUACGACACCUGUGAGAGCAGCAUGUCGGAGCGGUCGGCAGAGGUUCUCCUGAAGACCGAGUACUUUGUUACGCCCUGCCGAAAGAAUAGUUCAAACAGCACCCUGCCAGAAGCUCAUCCAGUGCACCUGCAACCGCCCCCUCUGCAGCACCAACAGAUGAAUAGUUCCACCACCGAACAGAAGCCCGUUGAGGCGGCUCGCUCCAUUAUAAGCGACGUCUUCGACGGCAAGCUUCUGUCCUCCGUGCAGUGUUUAACCUGCGAUCGCGUUUCAACGCGCGAGGAAACAUUCCAGGACCUCUCGCUGCCCAUUCCUAACCGCGAUUUUCUUAACGUUCUUCACCAGACACAUAGCUUAAGCGUCCAGAGCCUAAAUGCCGCAGAAACGUCCGCAAGGAGCAACGAAGGAUGGCUGGCGUGGAUGUGGAACAUGCUGCGCUCCUGGAUCUACGGACCCUCGGUGACGCUCUACGACUGCAUGGCCAGUUUCUUCAGCGCCGACGAGCUCAAGGGCGAUAAUAUGUAUAGUUGCGAGCGUUGCAACAAACUGCGCACGGGUAUAAAGUACUCCCGAGUCCUCACCCUGCCCGAGGUAUUGUGCAUCCACCUGAAACGCUUUCGACACGAUCUGUCCUACAGCUCGAAAAUUUCGUCGGACGUUUUCUUUCCGCUGGAGGGCUUCGACAUGCGCCCGUACAUUCACAAGGACUGCAAGAGCCUGGUGCCUAUUUACAACCUUUCGUCCGUGAUUUGUCACCAUGGAGGAGUCGGUGGUGGCCAUUAUACCUGUUAUGCUCGGAAUGCGCUGAACGGAAAGUGGUACGAGUUCGAUGACCAGCACGUGGGGGAAGUGCCUGCGGAGGUGGUGCAGACGUGCCAGGCGUAUGUGCUCUUCUACCAAAAGCACAAUCCGCAGAUGAAGCUAGUGCGUGAACAGGCUAUGACUUUGUCAACCACCCAUCCGCUGUGCGAUUCCGACAUCCAGUUCUACGUAACGCGAGAAUGGCUCUCCAGACUGGCCACCUUUUCCGAACCAGGUCCGAUUAACAACCAGGAGAUGCUCUGCCCCCACGGAGGGAUUCUACAUUCCAAGACGGAGAUGAUCAGCCAGAUUGCGGUGCCCAUCUCUCAACCCUUGUGGGACUAUCUCUAUCGUACCUUUGGCGGCGGGCCAGCAGUGAACAUAAUCUUUGAGUGCGAGAUUUGUAAGAGGGCGGCGGAGACCCUGUCGCGUCGCCAGCAGUACGAGCUUAAUGAGUUUACGAAGUACAACGGGCUGCAGAACGAAUUCGAUUCGACGGCCAUCUAUGCCAUUGCAAUGCCUUGGCUUCGCUCCUGGCAGCAGUUUUCGCGAGGAAAGACCCCAAAGGAACCCGGACCGAUUUCCAACGAAGGAAUCGCUGCUCCCACCGAAAAUGGCUCUCUAAAUGGAACGACAACUGUGAGCUGCGUGCGUUUGGGUUCCGAUUAUGCGCAGCUGAAUGCUCGACUGUGGCGAUUCCUGCAUAAUAUAUACGGCGGUGGGCCAGAAAUUAUGCUGCGUCAGGCACUUUCGGAUGACGACGAUGCCGAGGAGAUAGAAAUCAUCGAUCAGGACGAUGAGUGCGACGACGAUGACGAGGAUCAGGAGGAAGACGAAGACGAGGAGGUUGCGACCACCAAUUACCAGCACAAUCAUUCCGACACCGAAAGCAAUUUAGGCCGACGUACAAGUCCGAGUCCAAGUCUCAGUCCCAGUCCAAGUUUGAAGACCAAGCGUCAGCCGGUGGAGGCGGAGUCGGAUCUGCGACCAAAUAGCCCAAAGUCCAAGCGCAGCAGAUCCAAGAUGAAGGUCUCCGCCUUGCGUUUGAAUAUGCGAAAGAGAGGCAAGCGUAAUCGCAGUGCCUUUAAACAGCAUGCCGAGAUGUUUGGAGCCAAAGGGAACUACAAUGCCAACACCAAUGCCGAUCCCCCAGUUGUCGAGCAGCGGGAUAGAGACAAGGAUAAGGACAAGGACCGAACUGUUGCAUUUCAGAGCGACUACAGCUUACCCAUAUCGAUACCAUUCCAAAGCGACAAUUUCCAGGUGAACGGUGUGCAGGAAAAGUCUCGCGACAAGGGCAAACUGCGAAGUGGGUCCAGGAGCAGCGGCAACGCCACCACUAAGGAGAACGUCACGCUGCAGAAGUUCGUGACCCUGCGCGAGGCCAAUGGGCCAAGCGAAGAGACUGAUAUUUGAUCGACGGCGCCGGUGGAACGGGGAGAGUUAGAAAAAAAAGGAUUGGGAACCAGUGCCCCUGGCCAGAAUCACAGAAUGUCACCGCCGAAAUGCAGGCCUAAAUCAAAGUUUAGGCGUAAGCGAAAGCGUUAGUAGUUUUAUACCUCAGUGUAUUGUUGGGGUGGAGGCUAUAUAAAGUAUGUAAAAAUUGUAUUUAUAAAUUAAUCGUAUCGCUGUUCCCCAUCCGGCGCCAUACCAGUUAUGUUAUCCCAGCUCCUGGCCAGGGGUCGUUUUGUAUAUAGUGUGUGGGAGUGCUUUAAAUCGGUGUAACAAUAGAAAAUAAAUCGUAGAAAUCUUGGUCAAGCUAA